GAAAACUCAUCACACACCGGAUGCGCCCUGCUUUUUCCAUUCCUUCACUUUCUCUCUCUAUAAAUACACACACACAAUGCGUGCCUCCGCCGCGCGUGUAUACCCCUGCAUCCGUACCAAAAAUGGCCACCCCUAGCUAGAUCUCAUCUCGAGAUACACAGAGAUGGGGAGGGGGAAAGUGGAGCUCAAGAGAAUCGAGAACAAGGUGAACCAGCAGGUCACUUUUUCCAAGAGGCGAUCCGGUCUACUGAAGAAAGCUAACGAGAUUUCCGUGCUCUGCGACGCCGAUGUCGGAUUGAUGAUCUUCUCCUCCAAAGGAAAGCUUUCCGAAUACGCUACUGAUUCCUGCAUGGAAAGAAUCCUCGACCGUUAUAAAAGAUGUUCGUCUGCUGAUGAGCGGAAGCCACCUGAUCUUCAAUCUCCUGGAAGCUGGAAUGUAGAACUUGGUAAGCUUAAGACUAGAGUGGAGGUCUUGCAAAAGAAUAACAGGAAUUUAUCAGGAGACAACUUGGAAUGUCUGAGUAUGAAGGAGUUGCAGAACUUUGAGCAUCAACUUGAUGCUUCUUUGAAAAAACUUAGGUCUCAAAAGAACCAUCUCAUGAAUGAGUCCAUUUCACUGAUGCAUAAGAAGGACAAGGCAUUGCAGGAGCAAAACAACUUGCUUUCAGCAAAGAUGAAGGAGAAGGCGAAAGAAUCAAAUCCACCAUUUGAAGCUCAAGAUCACUACAGGAUUACGCUGUGUCUUGACUCUUUAAACACCAGUGAAUUGUACGAGAACGAGGACGACGUUGGUCAAAGUGAACCUUGUCACCACAUCCACAUGCAAGGGCAAAACGGACAGAUCUAACUAUAUAUAUACGAUGACGGAUCUAGAUGGGGUCGGGAGCCCAUGAGGCCAGAAAUCUCCAAUAACUUCAGCUUUUGGAGCUUCCGCUGACUCUAGGGUAUGACAUCUCUGUCCCAACUCUUUGGGGUUGGGGUUCAUAUCUGUAUCGAACCCCACGAGUUUUCUUUCAUAGAUCCGUCAUUAUAUACACAUGUAUGUAUGCAUAUAUAAUAUUGACUUGAGUGUAUAUAGCUAAUAUAUGCAUAUAUUGUGUAGUUAGAUAUUAUAAAGAACAUUUGUAUUUUGGAGAGGAGAGAGAAGUGAACAUAGUUUUGCUGCAUGAAUAAAUUAGUAUCACGUGAUGAAUAUUGCUCAUAUAUGGUAAUAUAUGUGUUUUUGGAAA